AUGGCAUGUCACCAAAUUGCCCUGACAAUCCUUUCUGGGGUGGUUCUUAUAACACCUUUUGCAGAAAAAGGUCUAAAAGAACAGAGGCAACCAGGUCAUCUGUCGGGGCAACCAAUUCCUAAAGGAAUUGCUAAUGCUUUCACUCUUCAAAGCGGUACACAAUAUGAUGUCCUACCUAUACCUACUGAUGAUUCCGUACCUCCAGUUCAGAAUGAUGCUUUGGCUGACAAUGAAGGUGAGGAUAGCUCCAGAACUGAAGUUGAGUGCGGGAAAGUGGAUGACGCAGAGAAACGCAAGGAGAAGGUUACUGAUUCUCCUACUGCACCACUACCUUUCCCCCAUAGGAUGCAAAAAUCAAAGGUCGAUCAACAACUUGGUAAAUUUAUGUCUAUGGACAAAAAUCUUGAGGUAACAAUUCCUUUCACUGAUUUAAUUUCUCAAGUACCUGUGUAUGCCAAGUUUCUGAAAGAUAUGAUCACUAAAAAGAGAGAUUUUGGUGGGAUAGAUAGGGUUGCUUUAACUGAAGAAUGCAAUGUUGUUCUGCAAAAUAAAAUUCCACCAAAACUAAAAGAUCCUGGUAGUUUUUCCAUCCCUUGUCAUGUGGGUGCUUUGUUUAUAGAUAAGGCUUUGUGUGAUCUGGGUGUUAGUGUAUCUGUUAUGCCUUUUUUAAUCUGUAAUAAACUGAACUUGGGUGCUUUAAAGUGCACACAGAUUACUCUGCAAAUGGCAGAUCGAUCUGUGAAAUAUCCUUUUGGUAUUCUAGAGGAUGUACCUGUUAGAGUUGAAAAAUUCUAUAUUCCUGUGGAUUUUGUAGUACUUGAUAUGGAAGAAGAUAGUCAAAUUCCCAUUAUUUUGGGUAUACCUUUUCUAUGUAUUGUUGGUGCUGUUAUUGAUAUAAAAUAUGGCUCUCUGACUUUGAGUGUUGGUGAUGAUACUAUUACUUUUAAGUUAACCAAUGAUAUUAAGUCUCCCAUGCUUGAGCACACAUGUUGUAGGAUUCACAUACUCGAUGAGAUCUAUGGAGUUAGUUUUUCACAAUUUCUGUCAGAUGAAUUAUUGGAAACAAGUCUUGAUCUGAAUGAUGACCUUGACAUUGAUACGGUAGCAGAUUGUAAGGUAAUGGAGACUAUUUGCUCUACUUCCGAACCACAAGUAAAGAAGUUAGAACUUAAACCUUUACCUUCUCACCUCCAAUAUGCAUUUCUUGAUGAUGCUGAGGAAUGUCCUGUGAUUGUAUGUACUAAACUCACAGAUAGCCAGCUUUCACAACUUCUUACAGUGCUUGGCAUGCACAAGAAGGCUAUUGGGUAUAGUAUUGAUGAUCUAAAGGGCAUUAGUCCUGAUUCUGCAUGCAUAGAAUUAACUUGA